AUGGAAGGCAUAGGAUUGUGGGAUAUCAAAGGCAGUGAAGGAUACAUCUAUGCUGACAAUGCCAUCAAAAAUAACUCAGAUGAAGAUAUACAAACACUUUUAAGACACAGUUUACAGUCAACUUCUUAUGAAGCUUAUGUUGACGGUAUCAUCCUAACUGCAACGGUUCACAGAACAAACGUGGAAUAUACAGAACAGCAAUCUACCAUCACAGUCAUGCGUCCCAGGUCCAGAUUACUGGCAAAACGGGGCCUCCCCACCAUCAGGGAGGGCUAUGAGGAGCUGGUGCAGGACCUGAACCAGACCAACAGCCAACACACCACCACACAGGACUACUUCCUCUCCAUCUGCCAUCUGGCCCGGCCUACCUUCCCUCUGCAUGAGCCCGACUGUGACAUCCUCUCCAUCGGCCCUUUGGAUUCCCCAAAGCCCUGCCUACGACUGCACCGCCUGCGCCAGCAUCUGCAGCCUCCGCAGCCCCACGCCUCCACAAGCAAUGACCAGACAGAUGAACAAGCCCAUAAAGAGAAAGAGACCACCAGAUCUGCUCCAUCAGAACCCCUGCAGGCCCAAGCCGCCCCAGAGGCGGACAACGAAUGCGGAGGUGACGUCCCCAGCCCUGCAGAUCCGCUUGAGUACCUCUACAGCCACAGAGGUGCUCUAGCUCUCUCCACCAGAAGGGGGAGUAUUCCUCCACGCCGGCCACGCAGCGACACCUUCCCGCGCUGUUCCUCGGCACCUGAAGCCCAGCGCAAGAGCAGCUGCCCUGAGCUUUGCCUGGCUGAGACAGUCACUGCAGCGACAGUCCUACAGCGGUCGCCGCUCAGCAGGAAGAAGCUGGACGACGGUGGCCUGGCUGCACGCAGUGGCAUUCCCAACAAGCUCGACUGCGCCCCUGCUGGUUGGAGGGGAAAGAGCAGUCGCUGCAUGGACAAACAGACCAUAGUGUCCCACUGGAUCGCAGAAUGCCGCAGCGCGUGGAAGGAAGCCCGCAUUCGUGCGUGCAUGCUGCCCGCCAUUGCCGAGAAGUAAUCUGCUUCUGCUAAAAUCUCUUUCCGUGAGGCUAAACAUCACGUAGAGUAACGUGGAUUAUUUUGGAAUUAUGACUUUGCACUUCAGGUUUAUAUGCAUAUACAUUUUUGGUGUAUUUUAAACCCGUAACCCUAUAGAUGGUGCCAUGUCGAUACCACACCAUAGUGUAGAGUUACCAUGAAUGUCAAUGAUAAGACUGAGUCAGUCCAGUAAUGUCCAGUCGUGAUCAAUAAAUGCAAUGAUUGUUGGAUGCCUUUAAAAUUGUUUAGUGAGAUUUAAAGACUUAAAAUGUAUCAUCCCAAAUGCAGUUCUAAUAUAAGCAACACAAUGUAGUUUAAAGGAUAAAAGGUACAGCAAUGCAUAAUAUUCACAGAUAGGAAUCUCACUGUGUCCAGAACAAUAUUUGGCUGGGACUUUUCUGAACACCAGGGGUUUAGCAAAUUUGCAUAUUAGGCAGCUACUGUUAUGCAGAAUGAAUAUGCCAUGCUUCCUUGAAAAAUUAUUGAUCAUUUGAUGGCAUAUCCAAAAUUUUUGGGAAAAAGUUUCAGCAAAAGAUCUGACUUGGUUUAGGGUGCCUUUCUAAGAGGUAUUAUGUCCAACUAUUAUUACUAUACAAUGUCUCAAAAGCUUCUUAGUUCACUUUAAUAUAUUGGUAUUUACACAACAAGCUGAUAAUUCCAUCUUCUUACAACAAAGGCAAAAUAACAUAAGAUCAUGUUGAAAACAGCCAUUAUGUUUGUUUUCAGGCCCUUGUUUUGCAGUUUAAAAAUGGAGCUGUAGAGUGAACUGGGUAGUCUGGUUAGAGGAUAAAUGAUUAAAUGUCCUUGACAAGGAAUCACCUUCGUUCAACAACAGACCAUAAAAUGAAAAAAUCUAACCACAUCAUUUUGAUAUUCAGAUGUAUGGCAAAAGGCCAACGUAGAACUGCACUAUUAUCUUGUUAGACUGUUGUACACACCCAGAAAAUCUUGUUUCCUCUCCAUUAAUUUGGUGUUUCAGUACUUUGAGAUUGUCUUACUGUUAAAAGAUUAACUAGUACGGUUGCAUGUGAAUUUGUAAAUUAUUUUGUAUUCAUGCAUAAGAAAUUUCUUUAAAUUAUUAUUAUGGAUGUAAUGAUUUGAGAGAAACUGUAUAUUACACUAUAUGAGAAAAGAAAAUCUGUUGUUUGUAAAUUUUCAGCAACCUUGUACUUUUUUUUCCACUUUUUUAAAUUAAUAAAAUGUCUGUGUUUUA